AUGGAACAUGAGCAGUUUAGUAUGUGGGAAGCAACACCUAAUAAAAGUAAUUUAGAACCCAUUGAUAACAGUCAACAUUCGCAUAAUUGCGACAGCUCGGCGCAUACUAGUUUAUCUCGAUCUUCAAAUUGGUAUGCAGCAUCUUUUAUAUAUGGACUACUUCUAGGAGGACUCGUUGCUGGUGUAGCAUUCGCAGUAAUUCUUACAUUAUAUAUUAUGAGUUAA